UAAAUAUGAGGAAAAAUUGAAAUUAUACUGUAAAAGUAACUUAUCAGCAGUAAUAAAAAAAUCUAAAUACAAAUCAUUAAUAAAGACACUGUAUAUAAUUUUCAACAAAUGGAUAUUGAUAACCAUAAUGAAGAAUUGGAAAGACUUGCCAGAGCUGGUAAUGGACAGCAAAACCGAGUUCAAAUUCGUCCACCGAACUUACAAGAAAAUGCUCAAGUACCUGUGCAGCAGAUUCAGGAUCAUCCUGUGAUUUUUGGAGUUGACAAUGAGCAUUUACAUGUACAUCAAAAUGAUGGUAUUGGUCAUCAUGUUCAUCAUCCUGAACAACUCAAUGAAAUUGGACAUGCAAAUCAAGGAAUUCCAAACGAUCCGGCAAUACCAAAUGUGCAAGCUCAAGUCAAUGACCAAGUUCAAGCUAACAGAAAUGCUGUCCCAAAUAAUGCUGGUCGUGCUGUUGAGAAUGCUGGUUUUGCUGGACAACAAUUAGGGCCUUUGCAAAACAUCCCUGUAAACCAGCAAAAUAAUGUGCGCAUGCAAGGUUCAGUUAUGAGACUAAACAGAAACCGCAAUAAUAACAGACGUACUACUCCCUAUGCAGCUGUGAACUCUCAGAUGAGGCGUAAUGCCAGUCGCAUGGCUACAUUUCUAUGGAAUAUGGCAAAGGAGUGCACUUACGUGCCUAACAGAAAUGACGAUGACCCAGACAAUCAAGAGAAUAAUAAUAAUAAUAAUAAUAAUUGA